ACAAAUAGUAACAAACAAUAACAUGGAGUGCUCUCUUUUCUGCAGUGUGAGGAGAUUUACCCUCAUCCAAGAUGCCUGGAAUCAAAAUACGUGAUGAAGAUCGAGAAAAAAUCAACGCGAAGUAUAUUUGUAGUCAUCUCCUCCUUGUCAAUCCAAUGCAGACAAUGUGUGGACACUUGUUUUGUCAAUCUUGUAUUAACAUUAUACUUGGAGAUCCUGAUCUAAAAUGUCCUGAAGAUCAAGAAAAAUUGAGCCGAAAUGAUGUUUUCCCUGAUGCUUUUACGAAACGUGAGUUGAAAAGUAUUCGUUUACAUUGUCCUUCUGAACAAUGUGAAUGGUUUGGCUCCUACGAAGAAUUGGAAGGUCAUUAUCAAGUUUGUGAGCAUGCGCUCAUCAGCUGCGUACAUAAGCAGUGUAACAUUCAGUUACCUCGCUCUCUCCUUGGUGAACAUUUGAAGAAUGAAUGUGAAUAUCGCAAUGUAAAAUGUGAAUAUUGUGGUAAAGAUGUCCCGUAUGCUUUACUUAAGGAUCACAUGGAAAAUGUGUGUGAGUAUUAUCCUGUGGUUUGUAAAUAUUGUAAGAAAAAGAUACCAAGGAAAGAUAUUGAACAACAUCAAAGUACGACCUGUGAUGAAGUGCCGACUAAAUGUGAAUUUCAAGCUAUUGGAUGUAACCCUGAUAAAACUAUCCUCCUGUUACGAUAUGUUAUGGCAUUUGUUACACAGUUAAGUAAAUAUGUACCACGUCCAGAGUUUACCACUGCUGUUCAAAACAUGGCUGACCAAGUUACUGCUGUUCGUGCAAAUCUUUCAGAGAAAUUUGUUAUGUUAGUGGGUAAACUUACAGGUCUUGAAAGAAGGAUUGAGAGUCUCGAGGCUCGUGGUGAUAACGAUAGUAAUAAUGCCAACUCGUCAUUAGAGGUUUCUUCGAUGCGUGAUAAAAUUCCAACUCUCGAACGACAAGUGAGAGAAAAUUCCUCAACUUUACUACGAUAUCGUGAGUGCUUAGAUCAAAUUGAUGAAUCACUAGCUAGAAACACGGUGAAGAUUACGGACCUUGAAGCGCAACGUGGCUCGCGUGCACUGGGGUCGAAUAAAGCCAUACACAGCUACAAUGGUACGUUACUUUGGAAAAUAGAUAACUACAAUAGGAAAAGACAGGACGCCAUUAAUGGUAUCAAAACAGUAUUGUACAGUGCACCAUUCUACAGUUCUCAAUAUGGUUACAAGAUGUGUGCUAAGAUCUAUAUGAAUGGUGAUGGUUUUGGAAAGGGAACUCAUUUAUCUUUGUUCUUUGUUGUCAUGAAAGGUGAUUACGAUGCGCUACAAUCAUGGCCAUUUCAAAAGAAGAUCACAAUGAUGUUAAUGGAUCAAGGAAAUGGUGAUCACAUGAUUGAUGCUUUUCAUUCAGAUCCUCAAAGUUCCUCAUUUCAACGACCAAAGUCAGAUAUGAAUAUCGCUUCUGGAUCACCACUCUUCAUGCCAUUGGAAAGUUUAAAUAAUCGCCAGUAUAUCAAAGAUGAUACAUUGUUUAUAAAAAUGAUCGUCGACUGAGUUUGCAGCUAAUGGAAAUGAUAUCUCAUAGAAAAAUACUUUUCAGGAGGAAGCUGAUAUUUCAUGAAAAAUGCUUUUCAAGCGAAAGUGACACUUUCUUCCUUGCAAUAUAUCACUUGUUAUUAUUCGUUUACUCUUCGAAGACAUAAAGCAACAAAAUUUCAAUUUUUCCCAUUGCACACUACUACAACGUAAUAUAUACAUUGUUUGUAUGU